UGCGAGGCGCGCCUGCGCCAUGCAGCCCUGCACGUGUUCGAGCCGCAAGCUUCCGCUGGCGCUGGAGUUUCUUGAGGAUGCAAACCGAGAUGGAGGCACAGAGUCCCUUGGCAGAGGCCGGCUUCACCCAGGUCACCCGAAAAGGUGGCCGGCAGGCGAAGAAACGGCAGGCUGAGCAGCUGUCCGCACCGGAGGAGGGCGGGGACGCAUCCCGCAUGGACACCGAGGAGGCCCGGCCCGCCAAGAGGCCCGUCUUCCCGCCCCUCUCCGGGGACGGGUUUCUGGGUGGGAAAGAAGAAACCAGAAAAAUUCCAGUCCCAGCUAACAGAUAUACUCCCUUAAAAGAGAACUGGAUGAAGAUAUUUACUCCUAUCGUGGAGCAUUUGGGACUUCAGAUACGCUUUAACUUGAAAUCGAGGAAUAUAGAAAUCAGGACUUGUAAAGAAACCAAAGAUGUUAGCGCUCUGACAAAAGCAGCUGAUUUUGUGAAAGCCUUUCUUCUUGGGUUUCAGGUAGAGGACGCACUUGCCCUCAUUAGGUUGGAUGACCUCUUCCUAGAGUCUUUUGAAAUUACAGAUGUUAAGCCCUUAAAGGGAGACCACCUGUCGAGGGCAAUAGGAAGAAUUGCUGGCAAAGGAGGAAAAACCAAAUUCACCAUCGAGAACGUGACACGGACACGGAUAGUUCUGGCUGAUGUGAAAGUUCACAUCCUUGGUUCUUUCCAGAACAUCAAGAUGGCAAGAACUGCUAUUUGCAACCUCAUCCUGGGAAAUCCUCCAUCAAAGGUUUAUGGCAAUAUUCGUGCUGUGGCUAGCAGAGUGGCAGACCGAUUCUGAUUUCAAAUCAGAGACUUUUUAUCUUGUCUUUGGACUCUAGAGAAAAAGGCUUUCCCCUCUACAAGUGGUCACCAGACACCAUGUGAAGAACUUUUCAGUCAUGGAUACCAUUAUUUAUACGAGCACAUUAAGUAUAAUUUAUAUUUUCCAUUUUAAAUCACAUGUAGAUUUGCAUAGUUUAUAAUCCUCUCAUUUGGAGGGAAACUUAUUUUAAAAAACAGUUCUGUAUUAGCUUCUAAGCUUUUUGUUUAUAAAUUUAUAAAAAGUUAUUUCUUCUCUGUGAGUUGUAAUUAAAAGAAUCAUCUCAGAAAACCUCUCUUGACUUGUGACCCUUAAUACUGGAUGGUGUGUGAAUAUUUUAGACCCAGGUCAUAGCAGCAGUUUGGAUAUACUCUGAACCAAGGAAGGCUAAUAUUUGUACCUAUUUUUGCAGUUUGUAAAAUUAAAGACUACAUACAUCACAAGGUUGAUGUGAGGAAAGAGUUUUAUUUUUUAAGUAAGUGUUUAAUGAAAGCAGUCAGACCUUACCAGUGUUCGGGUAUACUUCUUCUAAGUAGUAAAGGUGAAAUAUGAUAAAAGAAUAUUUUGACCCCUAAGAAAACUACUAUAUUC